AUGACAAAUGGGAACUUCACUAAAGUUUUGAGUCCAAAUAUAUCCCUAAGAAAAACUGUAGUAUCGUUGACAAUAAUGAGCGGCGGCUACGGGCCGUGGUGCGCGCGCGACGAGGCCGCGUCGCUGUCGGACCAGCUGCUGUGCAGCGCGCGCGCGCUGGCCGCGCCGCCGCACGCGCCGCACGCCGAGCUGCGCCACCUGCCGCUGCUCUUCAACCUCUUCCACGCCUACGCCUCGCUGGGCCUCGCCGAGCGCCACCAGCUGCUGCGGCUCAAGAUCCUGGACAUCGUUCUGACCGUCUGCGUCGAAGAUACGACGUCGUCUCUCGGGAAGUAUCAGUACCCGGAAUCGGCGAAGAUACAUCAAGUGGUGUGCGCGCUGGUGCGCUGCUGCGACGUGAGCGCGCGCUGCCAGUCGGCCGGCGCCGGCGAGGGCGCGCCGCCGCUGCCCAACCCCUACGCGGACCCGCAGCCGGCGCUCGCGGCCGCGCCGCGCCCCGCGCUGUCCGCCGCCGCCGCCGACGUGCUCUACAACCGGACGGGGUCGUAUAUGAAGAAAUUGACAGAAGAAUGUUGUGGCUGUGAAGAAGGAAUCAGACUAUUACAAUUCCUUUGUUGGGAACAUGCUGGUUGGUCUCGUAUGGCACUAGCGGAGUUACUGUGGCAAAUGGCUUACGCAUUUUGUUACGAGUUACGCAGACACGCCGACGCUCUUACGGCGCUACUGCUGAUGGAAGAUAGUUGGCAGCAUCAUCGGAUACAUAAUGCUAUUAAGGGUGUGUCAGAGGAGCGUCCGGGGCUGCUGGAGACGGCGCUGCGCGCGCGCAGCCACUAUCAGAAACGCGCGUACGCGUGCGUGAAGCUGGUGGUGGGCGUGAUGUGCCGCACGCCGCUGGCCGUGCGCGCCGUGCACGCGCAGCCCGACGCGCGCCGCCGCUGGCGCCAGCUGCUCGCCUGGCUGCAGGACGAGCUCGACCGCAAGUAUGGGCCGGGAGGAUACGGUUCAUAUGGUACAUGGUCGCCACCCAGCAUAUCCAACGAAACAUCCAGCGGCUAUUUUCUGGAGCGUAGUAAUUCUGCUAGAAAAACUCUAGAGAAAGCGUAUCAGCUGUGUCCCGAGGAGGAGGAGGAGGAAGAGGAGCGCGAGGCGGGCUCCGGCUCGGGCUCGGGCGAGGCGGGCGACGACAGCGGCGAGGACGACGCGCCCGACGACGACGAGCCGGCGCCGCGCCGCGCGCCGCCCGCGCCCCCUUCGCCCCCCUCGCCGCCCUCGCCGCCCGCGCCCCACGGGCUCUGA